AUGAGGGUGAUUGAAGUUAUCAUUGACGGUUUCAAGUCGUAUCAAACGCGGACUGUCAUUUCGGGAUGGGAUGAGAGUUUUAACUCCAUCACUGGCCUUAAUGGCAGUGGUAAAUCCAACAUUCUCGAUGCCAUCUGUUUUGUUCUGGGUAUUACCAACAUGUCCACCGAUCUUAUAUACAAGCGCGGUCAGGCCGGUGUUCAAAAGGCCAGUGUCACAAUCGUUUUCGACAACCGAGAUACCAAAAAGUCGCCGAUUGGUUUUGAAGAGUACGCAUCGAUCAGUGUUACCCGUCAGAUUGUCCUUAAUGGUUCAAACAAGUACCUCAUCAACGGCCACCGGGCGCAGCAGCAAACCGUCCAGAACCUAUUUCAGUCUGUACAGCUCAACAUCAACAACCCCAACUUCCUCAUCAUGCAGGGUCGCAUCACAAAGGUCCUCAACAUGAAGGCCGUGGAGAUCCUCGCCAUGAUUGAGGAAGCCGCUGGGACACGAAUGUUCGAAGACCGAAGGGACAAAGCGCUGAAGACCAUGGCCAAGAAGGAAAUGAAACUGCAGGAGCUCCGUGAGCUUUUGAAGGAGGAAAUUGAGCCGAAGCUGGAGAAGCUGCGCACAGAGAAGAGAGCAUUCCUGGACUUUCAGCAGACCCAGAAUGAUCUGGAGCGCCUUACGCGCAUCGUAGUAGCCUAUGACUACCUCAAGUGCCAAGAGAAGCUAAAGCAGUCUGCGGCCGAUCUCGAGUCAAAGAAGCAGCGCCAGCAGGUCUUGGAGGACUCCACAUCGCGCAUGAAGAGCGAGAUUGCCCACCUGGAGGAGGAUCUAAAAAGGGUGCGCGCCCAGCGUGACAAGGAGCUCAAGAAGGGUGGCAAGGCACAGGCUCUUGAACAGGCGGCCAAGAAACACUCAAGCGAGCUAGUACGCCUCGCCACCGUCAUGGAUUUGAAGAAUUCGAGUUUGGUGGAAGAACAGGAGAAGAAGUCUGCCGUGGAGAAAUCUGUAGCGGAGCUCAAGACUGCGCUGCAAGAAAAGAACGAGGCCUUUGAGCACGUCAAGGCCAGAUACGACGAGGCCAAAAACGAGUUCGCAAAGCAGUCGAAAGAGGCCGAUGCAAAGGAAGAAUUGCUGCAGACGCUCCAGACGGGUGUUGCCUCAAAGGAUGGCCAGGAGAAUGGCUAUCAGGGCCAGCUACAGGAUGCCAGAAACCGUGCAACCGCUGCUGCGACAGAACAAGAGCAAGCCAAGAUUAAAAUUGCCCAUUUGCAAGGCCGAAUCAAGGAGGAGGAGCCACGAGCCAAGAAGGCCAAGGAUCAAAAUGCCGGGCUCCUCCGCGACCUCGACGUCUUGAAGUCGCAUGCCCAAAAGCUCAAGGGGGAGCUAAGUCAGAUUGGUUUUGAGCCUGGCCACGAGGAGGCCAUGUACAAGCAGGAGUCUUCACUCCAGCAAUCUAUCAGGAACCUAAGGCAAGAGUCGGACAAGCUCAAGCGCCAGGUCGCUAACAUCGACUUCAACUAUGCCGACCCAACACCAAACUUUGAUCGAUCCAAGGUUAAGGGUCUAGUGGCCCAGCUCUUCACCCUCGAUAAGGAGCACACCCGUGCAGGCACCGCACUGGAAAUUUGUGCCGGUGGCCGCCUGUACAACGUUGUGGUCGACUCCGAGGUGACUGGCACGCAGCUUCUCCAGAAGGGCAAGCUGAGGAAGCGCGUGACAAUCAUACCCCUGAACAAGAUUGCUACGUUCAAGGCUUCUGCUCAGGCCAUCGCUACAGCCCAAAGCCUGGCACCAGGAAAGGUUGACCUUGCGUUAACCCUGGUCGGAUAUGAUGAACAGGUUUCUGCCGCCAUGGACUACGUCUUUGGAAACACUCUUAUCUGCGCCGAUGCCGAGACAGCCAAGCGCGUUACCUUUGACCCCAAUGUGCGGAUGCGCAGCAUCACCCUCCAAGGAGAUGCCUACGACCCGUCUGGAACGCUCUCUGGAGGCAGCGCUCCCAACUCGAGUGGCGUGCUGGUAACGCUUCAGAAGCUCAACAACUUAACCCGGCAGCUCGCCCAGGCCGAGGAGUCGCUGAAGAAGCUCCAGUUUGAUAUGGCCAGGGAUAAGUCCAAGCUCGACAGGGCCCGCCAGAUCAAGCAGGAUCUUGACCUCAAGUCUCACGAGAUUAGCCUUGCGGAAGGGCAGAUCAACGGCAACUCUUCGUCGUCCAUCAUCCAGGAGGUUGAGACCAUGAAGGUUACAGUCUCGGAGCUCCAGCAAAGCAUCGCCGAGGCCAAGACGCGCCAGGCAGAGGCCAGCGCCGAUGUGAAGAGGAUCGAAAAGGAUAUGAAGGACUUCGACAACAAUAAGGACGCCAAGCUGGUGGAGCUCCAGAAGUCGGUAGACAAGCUGCGGGCAGGUCUGGAUAAGAACUCGUCGGCCAUGAAGGCGCUUCAGAAGCAGCUCCAGAAUGCACAGCUGGAUCUCGAGCAGGUGGGAAGCGAUCUCUCAGCAAGCCAGGAGCAGCUCCAGGAGGUGGAGGCUGGUAUCAAGGGCCAGCAGCAAGACAUUGAGGGGCUCGCCAAGCAACAGGCCGAGCUCACCGAGACGUCGCGGGAGGUGGAGGCGCAGCUGGACGACGAGCGGGCCAAGCUGCACUCGUAUGAUACCGAGCUCCGCGCGCUAGAGGAUGCAACGUCAUCCAAGAACUCGCGCAUCACAGAGCAAAGCCUGGAGCUGCAAAAGCUGGGCCACCAGCUAGAGCGCUUCAACAAGGAGCAGCAGAGUGCCGCGGAGAACGUGACGCGCCUGGAGGCAGAACACGAGUGGAUCGAGGAUGAAAAGGACAAGUUUGGCCGGAGCGGAACGCCGUACGACUUCCAGGGCCAAAACAUUGGCGAGUGCAAGUCGACGCUGCGCAACCUGACGGAGCGGUUCCAGGGCAUGAAGAAGAAGAUCAACCCCAAGGUGAUGAACAUGAUUGACAGCGUAGAGAAGAAGGAGGUGUCCCUCAAGAAUAUGAUCAAGACAGUCAUCCGCGACAAGCGCAAGAUUGAGGAGACCAUCAUCAGCCUCGACGACUACAAGAAGAAGGCCCUACGGGAGACGUGGGAGAAGGUGAACGGCGACUUUGGUCAGAUCUUCUCGGAGCUCCUCCCCGGCGGCAGCUUUGCCAAGCUCGACCCCCCCGAGGGCAAGACUAUCAGCGAAGGUCUCGAGGUCAAGGUGUGCCUCGGCAAGGUCUGGAAGCAGAGUCUCACCGAGCUCAGUGGCGGCCAGCGCUCCCUCGUCGCCCUGUCCCUCAUCAUGGCCCUGCUCCAGUUCAAGCCCGCGCCUAUGUACAUCCUGGACGAGGUCGAUGCCGCCCUCGACCUGUCGCACACCCAGAACAUUGGCCGCCUCAUCAAGACGCGUUUCAAAGGUUCCCAGUUCAUCGUCGUCAGCCUCAAGGAUGGCAUGUUCCAGAAUGCCAACCGCAUCUUCCGCACCCGCUUCAGCGAGGGUACCAGUCAUGUCCAGGCUCUUACCCCCGCCGAUAUGAAAUGA